AUGGUCGACAAUACGACCAUUAGUGGUUUAAUGGAGCGCAACGACGGGACUCCCUAUAACUGGGAGGAAGUCGAUGACGACAAUGUAUGGAGGGGGGACCGGCCAGGAAUGAAACUCCACUUCGGGCAUAUAACUAUCAUACUAGGAGGAAUUAUGUACAUGCCUCCGAGGAUGGCUGCGUUGCUGAAGCGCAGUGUUGAGAACAUCAGUGGCGUCUACUUUGUCAACCUCCUCGAUCCAGUCAUUCGGGCUCUGGAUGCUGCCAGUAAGCCGUACAGGAAUAUGUAG